CAUUCCCCCCUAUAUCGCACCCCUGGAAGAGACUGUUGUUGUGCUAAAAGGAGUUAGCUUAUCAGCAUAGCUAUUCAAGCCUAGAAUGUUAUCUGAAUGCUAAACAUGUAGCAGCAGCACAGACACUAACGUCGUCAUCUACAGCCAACAUGUCUAAAGACAUUCCAUAAAUGACCAGGAGUUCCUGAAACUCUGGAAUCCAUAGAAUAACUUUGCACCAAUCUGAUGGUGGAAUAAUCUAAAUAACAGAAUUAAAACAACAAAUAUCUUAGUUGGUGAGCUGAGUUGCCUGAUUACUCAAUAAUCAGAUUGAUAGCACCUUUUUGGUGCUAAUCAAUUUAGCACCAAAAAGGGUUCUUGAAUGAAAAUGUUGCUCAUUUUGUCGAUAUAGUUUUUGAUAAAAUGUGAUUAAUCGCAAUUUAUUAAUUACAGACCCUGCAAUAAACUCAAUUAAGCAUUAUGGUAAUCUUGUCCACCACUAUUACUGAGUUAUUAGUCAAUAAACAUGACUAAUAACAGGUUUGCCUGUAGGUAUGUGUUUCGUAGUGGAAACAGCCAGGCAGUGGGGGAUAAAUUCCACAACACCACAGUGGAAGUGCUCUCCAGCAAUACAACGGCUGCAGAGAAGCUCUUGGCUGGCUCACCAUCUAAAUACAAGCGGUCUGACAGCAGCUUCAUUGUUAUUGAUGAAUUUUACAACGGAGUGGCUGAAGGAGAAAUCGAUGAAGUUCUGCAGCCCAUUUCAGCUCUGCGCCUGGUGGUUCACUCCAACUCAGAUGUCUGGGCUCUGCUGAGCGAGAUUCACAUCAAGGUAUGAAGACAAAGCGCGCCCUCUGCUGGACAAAGACUCUAACUACAGUGAUAUUGUGAAGCAGCUCUGAAGUCUGAUGAGCAGAUCGCCUGUUGGUGAUCUGAGAGGAGUUUCAAACAGAAACCUGACUCAUGUUGAGUAACCAUGUGGAGGAAGAAGCAUUCCACCCACUGAUGGGUUUACACCAACAUAACUUGUCACACAUGUUUUUGCACUUUGACAGAUUUUUAUUCUAAGAAAUAAACAUGUUUGAAAUAUCAAA